AACCCUACUACCGACCGUCCCGUUUACCCUCGAUCGAGAUCCAACCCCUUCCCUUCCCCAUCCGAAGAACACGCGCCGCCGCGAGUCUCCGACCAUGUCAACCUCACUGUCGACCAUGUCUUCCCCUGCGCCGGUUCCAGUUCCAGUCUCGCCGGGGCCCUCUCAGAGAAAACGAGUUUCAAGGGAAUCCAUUGGCAUGUAUGCAGUACAGUGUUGUGAAUGUAGAAAAUGGCGUACGGUUCCAACGAAAGACGAAUUUGAGACCAUUCGUGAGAACUUCAACGAUGAUCCAUGGUUCUGCAGUAAAAGACCUUGCUGCUCAUGUGAAGACCCUGCAGACAUUGAGCAUGAUAGCAGCCGCAUUUGGCUCAUGGACAGGCCCAACAUUCCAAAGCCUCCACCCAACACCGAGAGGCUAGUGAUUCUGAGACGUGAUCUGGCUAAAACGGAUGUCCACUAUGUCCUGCCGAAUGGGAAGCGUGCGAAGGGCACAGAAGACGUGCAGAAGUUUCUCGACGCAUAUCCAGAAUACAAAGACAGCUUAUCAGUUGAGAGCUUCAGUUUUACACUACCCAGGAUUGUUGACGAGACUGUUUCGGACAGCUCUGCAUGGAGAACUAAAAGGGCUAAAAGGCGGGGCAGGAAAAAUGCUUCGAGCAGCAAGAACUAAUUAUGGCAGAAAAUACUACACAACUGUUCAUGUGCCUACAUCUUGAAUGAACCUACAUUGAAGGUACUAGUACUAGCGAUGGUACAUGGUUCUACAGUAGUGAAGUCGGUUU